AUGUCUAUGCUGGACGACUUCGUCGAGCAUUCCGCCGGUCCAUCGGGACCAUCGCGGCAUGCUGGGCAAGUUGCACGUCCAUCUGCCCUGUCUGGAGUUGCCUAUGAGGGCUUCGAGGAUGACCCAGAGCACGGUAACGAUGUGUCAGGCCUCGUGCGAGCGUUGGAGACCGGGUUCAUCCCUUCCUCGCGCGCUGCGGCGACUCUCCCUCCGUUGUUCUCCCUCUCCCUCGUCCAAUACGCCCCGCCUUCCGACAUCUUGGCUCUGACGACCGUGAACAACAUUCUCUUCCUUGCCACGCAUCCGCUGUCGGUGGUCAUUAUUGACCUUAAUAAUCCGGAUGAGCUGGUGACGGUUGAACUGCCUCGUCCAGCAGCAGACAAGAGCCAGUCGUCCCAGCGUGAGGUCACCAUCCGUGCGCUGUAUGCCGACCCAACUGCCCGCCAUCUCAUCAUCACCACGAGCACAGGCGAUGCAUUCUAUCUCCCAGUCAACCCGGGAUUACCAACCAGCCAAUCUCGGCGUCCUCGUCCCCUCCGUCUCAAGCAGAACGUCUCCUCUGUCGCAUGGUCACCCAUCGCUGGCGCCAACGCUGAUGGGGACACCAAGGGCGACAUUGUCGCGCCACCAGUGACCGACGUCCUCAUUGGCACAGCGUCGGGCAACAUUCUUUCCCUGCCACUGCCACCCAGCGAGGAUAUGUUCAAGGUCAAUUUACCCAUGGGCAAGCAGCUUGAGCGUGACCUCCAGACGGUGUUCACAUUGCCCGACGGCGAGCCCGUGGAGGGCAUCGCAUUUGGGUUCUGGAACACCGAGAAGCGCAGCAGCGGUGACAAGCGGGCAUGGGUCGUCUUCACUACCAAGGAGAGAGCCUAUGAGGUCCAGGGACCAGUUACAUCCUUUGUCGCUGGAGGCAAGGGCGGUGGGUGGGCCGAGGAGGUGUUCAAGCACGUCCGGGAUAACACUCCAAAGUUCCAGGAGCUGCCUGGUGAUGUGCCUUCCUCCGAGCUCCGCGUCUACCUCCCCACGACCAACGGCCAGAAUGCCAAGGACCUGCCUGCGGCGACAGCUAUUGCAUGGCUCACUGCGCCGGGCCUCUACCACUCCAGCUUGUCAUCCACUCCUACGCCCGACAUUCUUCACCGACCGUCGCUCUUGCCGUACCCCUCAUCGCCCGAGCCUGCAACCCCAGCGUUCAGUCGCUCGUCUGUGGCUGCCCCCAAGACUACAAUUCCCAUCUCCAUGGUCGUCACUCAGUGGCAUUUUCUUCUCCUGUACCCGGACCGCAUUGUUGGCGUGUCCCGGGAGAAUGAAAAGGUUGUGUGGGAUGAGGCUCUGCCACUGGCCCAGGGAGAGACUGCGUUAGGGCUCUCAUCCGACCCGAUUUCGCGCACGUACUGGGUUUACACAUCUCGUUCUAUCAUCGAGGUUGUUGUCGCCAGAGAAGACCGCGAUGUGUGGCGUGCCAAGCUCGAGAAGGGAGCCUUCCACGAUGCCCUGACAUAUGCGUCCACAGCGGCUCAAAAGGACAUUGUCCGCUCUCGCGAGGGUGACGCGCUGUUCGACGAAGGCAAGUACAUGCUCGCCGCCAGGGCGUAUGCCGAGUCGACGCGCAGCUUUGAAUACGUCACCCUGCGGUUUGUGGAUGCCGAUGAACGCGACGCGCUGAGGGCCUACCUUCUCAGUCGCCUGGAUAAGCUCGAUAAGAAGGACCUCACCCAGCGCAUGAUGCUCGCCACCUGGCUGCUCGAGAUUUACCUCAGCAAGUGCAACAAUCUCGAGGACCUUGUUGCGGCCGAGACUGCAGCGUCGGAUGUCGAGACCUUCAUGAUGGAGCGCGAGAUGGUCGAGGAAGAUCUGCGGUCGUUCAUGAAAGACUACAAAGUCAACCUCGAUCCCAGUGUCGUCUACGAGCUCAUCCUCGGCCAUGGUCGCAUGGACCUCUUCCUCUUCUACGCCGAGCUCAACAAGGAUCACGCCAAGGUCGUCGAGCACUGGGUCACAGAAGAGGACUGGGCCAAGGCGAUUGAUGUUCUCAGUCGUCAAGACUCGCUCGAGCUCUACUACCGCUUCGCAGCCCUCUUGAUGCGCAACGUGCCAAAGCAAACGGUUGACGCGUGGAUGAGGCAGUCGUUGCUGGACCCACGCAGACUUAUCCCAGCCCUUCUUCAGCAACGUUCCGAGCCCAUGGAAUCCAACCAGGCAGUCCGCUAUCUCGAGCACGUCAUCCACCGCCAGGGUUCGACCGAUUCCACCAUUUUCAACCUCCUCCUCACGAUCUAUGCCAAUGCCCCCGAUUCCGAUGACGGACCCCUCCUCCGCUUCCUCUCGUCGUGUCCAGACGACCCCAUCACCGAGCGCCCGUACUAUGACCUCGACUACGCUCUUCGCUUGUGCAAAGCCCGUGGCCGUAUCCAGCCAUGUGUGCACAUCUACUCGCGCAUGGGUUUGUACGAGAGUAGUGUCGACCUUGCACUGGAGAAGGGCGACCUCGAGCUGGCCAAGAUCAACGCGGACAAGCCCGACGACGACGACGUACUUCGCAAGAAGCUGUGGCUCAAGAUUGCCAGAUAUGUCGUGCAAGAGAAGGGUGACAUCAAGAGUGCGAUGAAGUUCCUCGAGUCGACCGACCUUGUCAAGAUUGAGGACAUUCUGCCCUUCUUCCCCGACUUUGUCGUCAUUGACGAUUUCAAGACGGAGAUCUGCUCCGCCCUCGAAGACUACUCUGCGCGCAUCGACGAGCUCAAGGUCGAGAUGGCCGAAGCCACACGAUCCGCCGAGUCGAUCAAGCGCGACAUUGAGGCACUCACGUCUCGCUUCGUUGCGGUUGAGCAGAGCGAUAAAUGCUGGCGCUGCGGUCUUGGGAUUACUACCCGCCAGUUCUACGUCUUCCCUUGUCAGCACUCUUUCCAUGCGGAUUGUCUUAUUACGAUGGCAAUGGAAUACCUCCCUGCACCAUCACUCCGCCGACUGCUACACCUCCAGAACGAGCUCAUGUCGGGGUCCAACUCUGGACCCCGUGCUCUCCUCUCGUCUGGCUUUGCUCCCUCGGGCUCUGGUACACCCAGGCGACAGGAAUCGAUCGCAGCACCCGACUGGCUGGCUGUCCCUGGCCGCAACACUCUUGUGGCCGCAGGCGACAGGCUACGUGGUCUCAUCAUCCCGGACGCGCUUGCCCAGGCUGUCUCCCUUGGCGGCGGCGCCAGCAAGAAGAAGAAGAAUCGGGAUCCGGAGGAAGAGGCCCGCCUUGAGGUCGUGCGUACCGAGUUAGACGAGCUCAUCGCGGCAGUCUGCCCCCUCUGCGAAGGAACUGUGGCGGCGAUCGACAAGCCGUUUGUGCGCGACGACGAGGAUGUGUCAGAGUGGGCUGUUUAA